AUGGACCCAGCCAGCCGAGCGCUGGUGCAGACCUUGCCUCUAGGCGUGCGUGAUACGUAUGCUGCUCGAUCAGAACAUAGCAAUGUUCCAAUUUCUACCCUUGUUCAUCGCCGCAACGGCCGACGCUCGCGCGAAGAGCAGGCGCAGCGCCAGCAGUACCUCAGUCGAGAGGAGGAGAAAGCUCUAGUCCAGUUCUUGCUACUAAUGUCUAACCUUGGCCACCCAGUGCGCAUCAAGUUCAUAAGCCUUCUAGCUUAUAGUAUAGCUCGUCAGCGGUCCACGAAGACGCAACCGAUCAAGCCCCCGGGCAAGAAUUGGCCGAAAGCCUUCGCAGAGCGUCACCCAGAGCUACAAGCGAGAAAAGUCAAGUCGAUAGAUUAG